AUACUCCCUUCAUGCUACAUGGAAUAAAAUUUCCCACCUACCUGAAUGGAGCAGUUCAUUGGUUUCGUCCUCAAUUCAGGAAGGCGGAUUCCAAAAUUGUUUCUUUUGAUCUUUAUAACGAGCAAUUCCAAUUAAUUCCAGCUCCCCCAGAUAAGUAUAACAGCUCUGGUGGACAGAAUAUAAAUCUCAUAAGCAUGGGUGUUUUAAAUGGUCAUCUCUGCAUAUGUGAUGCUGCUGAGUUUGGCUGUGUUUGCAUAUGGACGAUGAAGAAGCAUGGGGUCCAAGAAUCUUGGAGUAAAGUGUUUCAUAUUAAUACUGAGACUGAACAUCGAUGGCCUCAUGGCUUAUAUCAUCCAUUGAAGCAGUUUAAGAAUGGAGCAAUACUGAUGUACCAUGCUCGCAACUACCUGCUUUAUUAUGACCCUUCAAGAGAAGAACACAAGUAUUUUAAGAUUCGUGGAAGUGAAUCAAGCUUUGAGGCAGUUGUUUGUAUUCCUAGCCUCAGUUCGCUCAAGGAUGCUGUGAUGGGAGACAAUGUAGAGGUGCUGAAUGUCAAAUCAAGGUGUGCAAAAUUCGAGCUGCGAGAAGAAGUCAAACCUCUCAUUUUGGUGGAAAAAAUUAGCAAUCUGGCGUCGGGCUUUUAUACUUCGCCAUAGGAAAGCCACUGAAUUUGUUCAAUGUCAUGGGAGUUUAAAAAACUUGGAUACUUGGAUGCUUUGAAAGCUUAGAAUAACCAGCUUUUGGUCCAAGGUUGUUAUUUUGGGCACCUUUCAUUGUUUUGGGUAGUUUAACUUCUGAUGGUUUUUGUAUACUGCAUCCAAGGUUCUGGUCAGUUGACUCAGUUGGCUCUAACAAAGGUUCUCUUUUGUUAAUCAAUGACUUCUUUUAAAA